AUGUCUUCUAAAACACCUAGGAUGAAAACUACAAAACGAAAGGAAAACAGGGAUCGUAUGCCUGAAAUACUUGUACAGCUUCACAAUGCAAGUGUCGAAUGUUUGAAGAGCUGCCUCCCUAAUACUCAAGGAAGCUUUGAAGGUUCCCCAGAAGUCACCAAGGGACCAAAAGCCUUCAUGCAACUCAUUUGGUUUAAAAAACAAAUGCAACAACAGUUAAAAGAUAUGAAGACUGAUCUCAUAACACGAGGCCUUUCCAAAGAAGAUAUAGACUGCUCAUUCAAUGUAAGCCUAAGUGUGGCUCGUGACCCACUGGAUAUUGAAAUGUGCUCUGUGAUCAAUAAGGAACUUGCUCUCGAAAGGAUGCAGACUUUUAAUGCCUUGCUGAUUGCUUUACAAAUAGAUUCCACACAGCGUUUGUCCAUAUCUGCAGUGAUGAGACAUUCUGCAGAUACUUGUAAGCAGAUACUGGCAGUACAGCUGAGUAACAGACAAUUAGGACAGCAGCUGACUGGUUUGCGUAAAAGAAGAUUGGAAAUUCGGAUCAGACAGCAGGAUCUCUUUCGAAAGCUAAGAUACUCAAGAAAAACUGACCACAAAAUCCAUGAUAUAGAAAUGAAGGCUUUUGCUACAGAAAGAGAGAAUUUAGAGAGUCUUUUGAAUGAAGUUAUUAUACUCCAAGAUGUUUUUCAGAGGAUCGUUAUGAGUGUCCAACUGCACUGGGCAGAAAACCCACAUUUAAGAUCUCUUCUGCUGAGGAUGAAGGAUCCCUGCCUGUAUUGACAUCAUUAGGGACAGGCUAUAUUGGGUUAAUUUACUAAA